AUGGAGCCCUGUCAGCCAUCGCCUGUGCGAACCUCUGAUAUUUCACAAAGAGUUCUGCAAACACUCAAGGACUAUGGUAUUUUAGAAGAGAACCUUGCCUGCUUAGCUGAGGAUGCAGACUUCUUACAGUUCUGCUCAGACUGGGAGGACUUUUUAAGGCAUUCGAACGAUGGGCUCUUGGUGUUUGAUCAAAAGCAUGCCAUUUUUGGUUUGGAAAGGAAUAUAAAGGGGUUUAGACAAUGGCCUAUUCCGAUGAAGGUUUGUUUAUGAAGAAUUGUCGAGAAAAAUAUCGAAUCCAAUGCUAGAAAGCUUCAAAUAUAAACUUGAUUAGGAACAAGGAAACGAAUUACUACGGAGAGUUUGAUAUGGCAGAAGAUUAUGACGAUUUCUUCUUGAGUACCUCUAAUCCUAAGACCCUGAGUAUUCUCAAGACAGCAAAACUUGAUGCUGUCAAUGCUAAUCAUGUUAGUUAUGAAUUAGAAGGAGGCAAAAGAGAGGUUUUAAGAAAAUAUUUCAGAACCUCAUUUCCAAAGCAAACUCAAUGUUUGAGAUUUAUCAACAUAGAUGGGUUUGGGAGAAUAUAAAUAAAGUGCGAAUUGGCCUUUAUUUGAAUAGUUUGAGCAAAAUGUUAUAUAAAGUUACAAAAAGUGUACACUUGGGAGCAUUCUUCAUCAACCGAAACAAUUCAAAAGAGUGUUUAGCAUUUUCAAAAAUGUAAAGGAAAUUAGAUUAUGGAAAUGCAAGUUCGACUUCUCUGUUGUUCCUGAUAUGUCCAAAGCACUUGAGGAAUGUAAAAUUGAGAAGAUAUGUUUAAGCUUGGAUUUUAACGAUAAAGAAAAUGAAAAAUGCGAGAAGGUGAAGAUCUAUAAGAAUCUCAUUAAAACUCUAGCCCAAUCUGAAGACCUCAGAAAAAGCCUACAAACUUUUAGAAUCUUUCAUGCAAAACUCUCAGAAGAUGCUUUAAUUGAAAUAUUCGAUAAUUACAAACUUGGGCAUGUAUUAUCUCUCUAAAGAAAUUUCCAAAAAUAGCCUC